ACCAUUUCGCCAACUGUCGCGAAUUUAACCCGCAGUCGAAACGCGCCGCAUUGUGUAUCCUCACAUUGUUACGCUGUUACGCAGUCAAGCAGUCACGCAGCUACUCAGUCAACCGCGCAGCCACGCAGCCGCAUAGCUACUUACUUCCUAGUUACAUUUUCACGUUGCCCGAGUCGCUUGCGCAAAAUGGUGAACGUACCCAAAACGAGGAAAACCUACUGCAGCAACAAAUGCAAGAAGCAUACCAUGCACAAGGUCAGUCAGUACAAAAAGGGAAAGGAAAGAUUGUCGGCCUUGGGAAGAAGAAGAUACGACAUGAAGCAGAAGGGAUUCGGAGGCCAAACCAAGCCCGUUUUUAAGAAGAAGGCCAAAACUACCAAAAAGAUCGUUCUCAAAUUGGAAUGCACAAAGUGCAAGAAGAAACGAUUUCAAACCCUGAAGAGGUGCAAAACGUUUGAGAUGGGAGCCGAUAAGAAGAAGAAGGGAGCCGUUUAUUAAGCGCCCCACCCCACCCCCUGCAUAUUGCGGUCUCCUCCAAAGGAGAAAACACCUUCAUUACUGCUACGAAUCAAAUCGCCCUGUUCGGGAAGUUCAUCCAUUUGGUGGUGGUGCAUCGCGUGUUUGGUGCACACGGAUAUGCGGAGUUGUGAAGCUGAAUAGGUCCGCCUACAUGCUCGCUUAAGGGUGCUCAGAUACGCCCUUGCGAGUAUGCACAAGUAUACCCAUGCGAGUAUGCGCAUUUACGCACUGCUUCCAUACAUGUACAUAUUCUCGCUGUGCGACGUGUGCCUUCGUGCCCCCUGCAUGUGCGGAGUGAUGAUCGGCACGGAACAUUUUUCGAAAAACUCUUUUGAAAUGUAUGAAACGAACUGCUAAAUUUAUCAGUGUU